AGCAGAUUGCAGUUUACGUAUUUGAAACUGUUGAAGCCGCUAACGUAAAAAAGGAAAUCCUACACAACAACACAGAAGAGGAAGAUGUCUGCGUGCAUUUCUUUCACUCGCAGCGCUGUUGCUUUCCGCAACAGAAGGACGUUGCUGGUACGAUAUGCCCAGACAGCAGCUGCCCCUGCCCCUGAGCCAAAAACAAAGAAAUUUCAGAUUUACAGAUGGGACCCUGACAGACCUGGUGACAAGCCUCGCAUGCAAACCUAUGAGAUUUAUUUGAACACAUGUGGUCCAAUGGUUCUUGACGCACUCAUCAAAAUUAAAAAUGAAAUGGACCCGACACUCACCUUCAGACGCUCAUGUCGAGAGGGUAUCUGUGGCUCAUGUGCUAUGAACAUCAACGGAGGAAACACUUUAGCCUGCUUAAACAAAAUAGAUACAAAUACCAGCAAAGUAACGAAGAUUUACCCCCUGCCUCACAUGUAUGUGGUCAAAGAUCUUGUCCCUGACAUGAGCAACUUUUAUGCACAGUACAAGUCCAUCGAGCCCUAUUUGAAAAAGAAGGAUGAGUCAAAGCAGGGAAAAGAGCAGUACCUCCAGUCAAUCGAGGACCGUCAAAAGCUGGAUGGUCUGUAUGAAUGCAUUCUGUGUGCAUGCUGCAGCACUAGUUGUCCUAGCUACUGGUGGAAUGGUGACAAGUACCUUGGUCCAGCAGUGCUCAUGCAGGCGUAUAGGUGGAUGAUUGACUCUCGUGAUGACUUUACAGAAGAGCGUCUGUCCAAAUUACAGGACCCUUUCUCGCUCUACCGCUGUCACACAAUAAUGAACUGUACAAAGACAUGUCCCAAGGGACUCAAUCCUGGAAAAGCCAUAGCAGAAAUUAAGAAAAUGAUGGCCACUUACAAAGAAAAGAGAUAAUCUGCCAUCUGACUUGUUAAUGCAGGAAAUAUCAUGUACUUAAUGGUUUAAAUUAUUGUGUAAAUGUGUGAAUUAAGCAUGGAGUGGUCGCAAACAUGGGAUGCUUUGUUAUUUGAUGGUGGAGACCUGUAUUUACUGCUAAUGAACAGUAAAUUUACAACUGGA